AUGGAGUUGUGGCUGGCCAUCACUUUAGUCGCUGCGUUUCUGCAGAAUGUGCGUUCUCUGCUGCAGAAACGGUUAACCGGUGCGUUGUCUGUGAAUGGCGCGGCUUAUGUUCGUUUUCUCUAUGCCCUGCCGUUUGCCUGGAUGUAUGGACUGUGGCUCUGGCAGGGACAAUUUGAAGGCUUGAAUCCCGAGUUCUGGUUGUACGUGCUGACCGGUGCGGUGGCGCAGAUUGUCGCAACUGCCUGUCUGCUGCAGUCGUUUACCACCGGUAAUUUUGCCGUAGGCACAGCCUAUUCAAAAACAGAAGCUGCACAGGCGGCAUUGUUCGGGCUGGUUAUACUCAGCGACACCGUUAGUCUGUGGGUUGUUGCCGGUAUCUGCUUAAGCCUGGCGGGUGUGGUGUUGUUGUCCGGGCGGGUGGGUCUGGCGGAUCUGCUGAAACCCAACAGGGCCAUGUGGCUUGGUCUGGCGGCCGGCGCUGGAUUUGCGAUUUCUGCGAUUGGUUUCCGCGGCGCAAGCCUUUCGUUGGAUGCGGGCACAGUGCUGCAGCGAGCAGGACUUACCCUGUUGGUGGCGCUGACUUUGCAGACGCUGAUUAUGGGUACUUAUCUGCGCCUGCGCGAGCCUGGUCAGAUCAGCAAAGCUUUAUCUGCCUGGCGGGUGGCGUUGUGGGUAGGGGUUAUUGGUAUGGUCGCUUCGGCUGGCUGGUUCACUGCCAUGACGCUGCAGAAUGCCGGCGUCGUGCGCGCAGUUGGCCAGAUUGAACUGCUGUUUACGGUGUUCACGUCGAUCUGGCUGUUAGGUGAGCGUUUGCAUCGACGCGAAGUGCUUGGGAUGAUCCUGGUGGUGAGAGAGAUGAUGGCGGUGCAAGAGACGGACCGAGAGGCAGUGGAAUCAAUUGUUCACGAAGGCUGGGCUGAGGUGGUGUUGAAUCGGCCAGAACGUAAAAAUGCCAUCAAUGGUCCGCUUGGACUGGCUCUGGCUGCACGCCUUACGGAAUUGGAUGAGCGCGACGAUGUGCGCGUCAUUCUGCUGCGUGGCGCGGGUGGCGCAUUCUGUUCCGGUCUGGAUCUCAAGUCGUUUAAUGAAGAGCCGCCGCCUGCCUGGGUUGCUGAGUUCCAGCAGAUCUGGCGGGGUGCACAUCGAAGCCUGUUUAACUGCCGUAAGCCUAUUGUUGGUGCGCUGGAGCGUUAUGCGAUUAAUGGCGGUGCUGCGUUGGCGAUCGCUUGUGAUUUGCUGGUUGUGGGCGAGACGUCGUUCCUGCAGGUGGGUGAGGCGCAGAUUGGCAUGGCCGCCCCCUACAACCUGGCCUGGCUGAGUUUGCGCCACAGCGAAGCGGCGAUGGCUGAGUUGGUGCUUGUUGGCGACCGACAGGCGGGGCCGCGUCUGGUUGAGCUUGGUUUUGCGCAACAGAGUGUGGCUGACGAUCAGGUGCUGACUGCGAGUAAAGCAUUGUGUGAGCGCAUGGCGACCUUCCCGGAGGGUGGAUGCGGAUAG